AGAGCAGGCGGUGAAGAUAAUACGUUUGUCGGGCUGCAAGUGAGAAAGCAAGAUGUUCCCCACACCACCGCCAGUGAGGUGGCUGCAUUCAUGAACUACAUGAGGCGCAACUUCAAUAACUGGAAGGUGCUGAAGGAAGCGAUGGAGUGGGAGAUCAUUUACAUCCAGCACACUGCGUGCACGCCGAUGAGGACAAGGCAGCAGUGUAUUAUCUCGGAGGAGGAAAAGCGGAGUCGAAGUUUUAAGAGUGCCAGCGAUUUCUGGGAGAGAAAGGUGGAGCAGUACCAGGUGCAACUUGACGCGGAGGUUGCUGGCCAACUGCAGGCUGCUGCCGAUAAAUGCCGCUUCUUAUAG